AUGUUUGAAACAAGGACUAAGCUCAAUAGUAAGAUACGCAGAUACGCAGUUGCAGACUUUCUGUCCUCUCCUAUCUAGCACUCUUUUUGCCGCCCUUCUUUCAUACCAUCCCUUUCCCAGUCACGAUUUUUGGCUUGAUAUCGGAUUCUUAGUACUCCAUGAAGCUUACAUCUCGGAUUCAUUGUGCUACUGCUGGCCGUCACGACCCCAGUAUGUGAUGGGAGCAAUUUGAAGCAGAAUUCAACUCUAAAAUAAGUGCACAAAAAAAAAAAAAAAAUGACGCCUUCACUGUCUGUCCCCUCUCAAAACCAUUGUUCCCUUAGUAAGUCUAUCUUUCUCCCAUCAACUCUUCUUAGGAGACCCAGAAAUCAUUUAUUAACUAGUAAGAAACCCAUAAAUAUCUCUCUUUCUAUCUAUUGUUCAUCUCCCAAAAUUGUUCGCGAUGCUUCACUUGACAAGCAUGUUGUGAGGCAAAACAAGAUUCGUUUUGUCCAAAAGCUCAAAACGCUACUCCUUUCCAAGCCAAAGCACUACAUUCCACUCCACAUUCUAUCCAAAUGUCGGUCCUACCUUUCCCUCCCUGAUCAUCGUUCCAUUCGUUCCAUGAUCCAUCGUUAUCCUUCCAUUUUUGAACUCUUCACAAUUCCAACACCACACCUACCUUUGAAUGCAACAAAGCCAUAUUCUCAACUAUGCGUUCGUCUAACGUCAGCUGCAGCAGCACUUGCUGAUCAAGAAUUUAAACUCCAUUCCGCAAUUUCCAACAACUUGGCUGCCAAACUUCAGAAACUUCUCAUGCUCUCUUCUCAUCGCCGGUUGCUCUUAUCAAAGUUGGUCCAUCUUGCACCAGAUCUUGGCCUCCCCCCUAAUUUUCGGUCCCGCCUCUGCAAUGACCACCCAGACAAAUUCAAGACUGUUGACACCUCCUAUGGCCGUGCACUUGAGCUUGUAUCAUGGGAUGCGCAGUUGGCUGUUCCUUUAUCCCGCCCUGAUGUUUCACUUGGUUUGAUAGUAGAUAGACCUUUGAAAUUUAAGCAUUUGAGACUUAGAAAGGGGCUUAAUCUGAAGAGACGUCACCAAGAUUUCCUGAUCAAGUUUGAAGAAUUGCCUGAUGUGUGUCCUUACAACACUUCUUCAGAAGAAUUCGCUAAAGAGUCCAUUGAGGCAGAAAAAAGAGCUUGUGCAGUGAUAAGAGAAGUGCUGGGAAUGACAGUUGAAAAGAGAACUUUAAUAGACCAUUUGACACAUUUCAGGAAGGAAUUUGGAUUUCCUAACAAGUUGAGGGGAUUGAUUGUAAGGCACCCAGAGUUGUUUUAUGUGAGUUUGAAAGGCCUCAGGGAUUCUGUGUUCUUGACUGAAGGCUACGAUGACAAGGGUGGGCUUUUGAAGAAAGAUGAAACUUCAGCGCUAAAGGAUCAGUUGAUGGAGUUGGUCAGGGAGUCGAAGAAGAUGAGAAGAGAGAUGAGAAAUGGUACUAUGAUGAACAGCAGUGAUAUCAGAGAUUCUGAUGAUGUUAGCAGUGAUGAAUUUGAUGACAUUGGAGAUUAUUACAAUGAUGGUUUUGAGAAUGUGUUUGCCUCUGAAGAUUCAGGUUUUAAUUAUGAUUUUAAUAACGAUGUUCAUGAAAGCUAUGACCUUGGGGAUUACAGGGAAAAAGGAGAAUUUUGGAUGGCAGAUACUCACAUUGGUGGUGCCAAUGAGGAAGGACGAUUUAUGGAACCUUGGUAGCAAAAGAAAACACUGUACAUAUCUUCCAACAUUAGUUGGCACUAGUUUUUGUGUGUUACAAAGUUAAUACGCUUCUGUACCAAUUUAUUUUAUCUUGGGGUAUGUGUAUGUGUAUGUAUAUAAUCAAUUCUUGCCCCA